UAUCGCGAAAUAUAUUUAAACAUGCAUUAGUGAUAAGCACAGUUACAGUAACUAUAGAUAAAUACAAAUAUCAAUGAAAUCAUUAUCGACAUAACUAUGUCCAUGUAUGUCAUGGGCAAACACACACUUACGUUUUUAGGACAUUUCUAAUCCAAACUUAUGAGGUCUGGCGUUUUUUUUUAUUCUUGCAACAACAUGGGGUUACAUGUGACUUGGUUUUGCUUGGUUUCGAUGCUUUAUAUGAUUUGUGGUAUUGUUUGUUUUGAAAAAAAGUUGUUGUUUUCAACCUCUACUGGGUAUUUGAAAGAUAUAGAUUUGGAAACAGGGGUACUAAGACUUCUUGGAAAUGCUGACAGUGGUGUGUUUGCACUUGCAUAUGACAAGACAGAAAGAUAUAUAUAUGUUCCAAGAUUCACUAGUGGAGACAUAUUAAGAUUUCCUUAUCCAAAUAAUAAAACUAUUGUGUUUGAGAGUGUUGUCUCUGGAAAUCAACCAGGGGGUAUAGCAUUUGAUUCCGCGAACAGCCAUCUGUAUUGGACAGAACCUAAGGAAGGAAAUAUAAUGAGAUGCAAUUCGGAUGGAUCAAAUGUAAUCACUAUUAUUAAUGGAACGGGCACUCCUGCUGCUCUUACAAUUGACAUAGCGAAUAGAUGGAUGUACUAUAGUCAGGAUAUAUCCAAUGGAACAUUGCAACGGCUGACACUUGACGGAAAGGAAAGCCGAGUUAUAGAUAACCAGGCAUCGUGGGUGUACGGCAUAUGCAUAGAUGAUCAACGACUUUAUUGGAUGGACAAUCUCAUGGGUGACUUGAAAUCAGCUUGGUAUAAUGGGUCUGAUGUCGAAACGAUAGUAAGCACAAAUUCAACAAAACGAAACUGGGACAUCGACAUCAAUGAUGAUUUCAUCUUCUACACAAGCAACACAACCAUUUUGAAGACAGGCAAAUCUCCGGGACAAAAUCUGACUGUUGUGCAUACAGAUACAGAUCAAAUUACUGGAAUUUUGUUUUACAAGCAAGAAGGUAAGAACACAUGCAUAAGUAAAAUUACAAACAUUGUUUAUAAGAUCAUUGCAUAACAAAACUGUCUACGUAUUAAAAUGAAUAUGAAAUUAAACGUUGCGUUGAGUAUCAAUAGUUACCCGUAUUCACUUACUUAGAAAUUUCCAAUUUACAUGUUGCAUAAAUAAGAUUAUACAAAUAAAGACAACAAUUAUAGAUUUAUACUCACGGUAGAAGUACUUGCAUUAGUUUUUAUUGUAUAAGAGUAGCAAUGUUAUUUGCUUUAGUGUUUUUACCUAUACCUAUCUGUAUAUACUCUUUAAUAUACAAAUAUCGUUUGUUAAACUUUAAUUGUAUAAAAGGCUUCAUAACAUACUAACUGAACGUUCAUACAUCAGGAACCUACAGCUACCAUGAAAUGUGUAAUUAUUUGAAAUAUAUAACAUGAGAUCCAUUUAAACUAAUUGUGUAGUAUUAACUUCGCUUGCAUGCUUUUUCUCAUAUUGAACAUAACGAUUAACUAAUUGCUGUUAUAAAGGUUCAUGCACUGUUUACUAUUUUGAUUAUUUAAGGGUUUUAUAUUUUCGACACUAAUUUUUCUGUUUUAAACUAAUGUUAAAUCAACAUUUCAUGAACUAAACAUGAAGUUAAGAAUGUGUAUUGAAUUUGCAAUAGUGUUACAAAUAUUACUACUGUUGUAGUAUUUAAACAAAAGUUGACAUACAAAUUGCAAAUUUUUUGUUUAUAAUUUGAUCAUAUUUUGUUUUAAAACGCUUUUGUAAUAUUUUACAGGAUCAUGUAUUGAAAAAAGAGCAGUUGUCUUCUUAUGUCCAAAAAGAAAAGUUCAGGGACAUUUUUGUUUAAAUGUUAGGUAUACACUGAAAUGAAAGAAAUCCAAAACCUUUGUGUUACAUCACUGUCGUUAUAGGAAUUUUAGUUUUUGAUCAUAAAGCGUAACGUUUUGAAUAAAAACUUCAAAAAAGAAUCACAAAUCAUUUCUUUUCUCCUUUGUUAUUAACAUAAAACAGGUCGAUUAAAAUCUCUUCUUUAUUCUGGAUACCUUCAUUUCCCAAAAAUCCUUAUAAAGAACACAAUGUAUCGCCAUAUCGUCAAUAUGUUCAACUUAACAUCUUUCUAAAGUUUUAAUCACUAUUCCUUCUUCAGUAAAAGAUGGCCUUCCGAAAAAUUGUGAUAUUCAAUUAUCGGUGUCAACCAUAUGUGGAUUCUUCACAAUGCUAGAAAUCUUCAUAAUUGUCAAUCACAAUCUUACAAAUUUUCAGCAAUAUCAAAACUUAAGUUUUUUCUACGUUACACACACUAUUCUCCAUACUAAUUUGAAAAAUCGAAUAUAUUAUCUCAUUUAACAGAUAUUUUUUCUACAAAAAAGGAAAUCAUCGUCGAUACAAAUGUCAUUAUUAAGGUCAUGAACAAUCUUAAUUUGUGAAGAACCCCACUGAUUUCAAAAUCAAAUGCAAGAAGUAUAAUAUCAUCGAAAAGGUGCUCUUGAUCAACAACACAUGUAUUGAGAUUGUUAGAUUUAUAUAUCUACCGACGUUAUUCCAAUGGGUACUUAUGUUGCAUCUCUACGGGCAUUUGUACUUAUAUGACACAGAAUUGAAACAGAACCUUCUCAAAGACAAAAAGUGAACUUUAGAUUAAGUAAACUAUCCAAACUAAAAGGUAUGCUUCAUAUCUUGAUAUUUUCAUAUUUAUAAAGAUGGACGACUUCAAACGCGAAAAUAUGACAAACUUGAUUAUUUAAGCUUUCCAACUGUCAGCUUUCAUUUCUCAACAGUAACAUACACUAUACCCUGUUAUAUCAAUUGAUAACUUACGCCACUGCAUGUUCACACUUUAUGGACGUCAUUUAAAGCGGAAUGAUCCAUUCACACAAACUGUUCUAACAGAGAUAUGAGGAAGAACGACUGAAAUUGACACUUAUCACGUUUAACUGUCAUCAGGACGAAUUGUUUGGCCGAUGUCUGUAUCUUGACUAACUUAUAACAAGUUUCCUCAGUCUAAGAUCUUUAAAUACCAGAACAGUGGUCAAAUCCAUUAUUUUACUAAUUGUGUCCUAUUCCAUAAUGCAUCCGAGUUGACCGAGUUUCGAUUCGCAUGGCGGGUGAUGCACGCAUUGAAGGAGACGCCUUCUCAUUUAGUGCACCCAGUAUCAUUCCGUUAGAAGUUAUGCGGUUUUCUCAAUUUUCCUUUAUUAGCAUUAUUUGUCGUCUUUAUUGAUUUAUGAAAUUUGCAGAUAAGUAAACAUAAAAGUAAUCCAUACAAUCUAUGCAAUGCACAUUAAAGUUCAAAUCAAUUUUAUAACAUGUUCUAAAGGUUCAUUAUUAAUAUAACAACUAAUUAUAAAUCCUGUUUUCAUAUCAUUACAAAGGUUUUAUUACCUUUUUCACACUGUUCUGAUAUGGAUAUGUGAAUGAACUUUGCAAUUGAAUGUAAAACAUAGGUUCGACUAUAACGCACAUUUAAUCCAUUUAUUGUAACAAUUAGAAUAUAAAUUAUUAAAAUAUUCAUAUUUUACUUGCAUCCGUAAACCAUCGCAUUUUAAGUCAGAAAAUUAUUUCUGCGUUGAUUGUUGUCCCAUUGUUCAUGUGCAUUAUUGUUCUUGAUAUUACGUUUGCUAUAUUUUUGUUUUUUUUCCAGCUUACUUGGUUAAAUAAAGGAAAUACACAAGAGAAAAAACACAUGAGUAGCCUGUUGGGAAUUCUAUGUUCGUGACAAUAACAAAAACAAAAUAGUCAUUUAAUGUAAAAAAAAAAAAGGUAGAAAUAGUCCGUAUUUUUGUUCUCAAACAAAGUUCAGUAGUUCAUGUGUGUUUAACCUGAUAUAUAUCUAACGUGACAUAUUGAUUUUGUAAAUAGUGAUUAUUAAACUUUAAUAUGAGAUAGUCCAGUUUUUUGUGACUUCCCUUUUUAUGUGACCAGCGUGUCAGUAGAUUGUAUAAAACGUUUACAAAUCAUGUUUACUUUUCGAGCGAGUGGAUAAUACAGAUGCUAAUUGUGAAAAAUGAUUGUAUAGCUGAAUUCAAUAUAUGAAUAAUGCAGCUCGAAUCGUCUGAUGCAUUAUUUAUAUGAUAUGAUCUUGUAACUUAGUAAAAUUAAUAACAGUUUUAAAGAUAAACAAAAAAUAACACAUAACAUGUUUUAACUUGUCAUUUCCAUUUCAGAAGUAUUAAAAAAAAUUAUUAAUAUUACUUCAAGUGAAUGCACAUGUAUGUAUUGAACUGUGCAUUAAAGUUUAUCAACAGUUGCAUUAAAAUCUUAUAAAGCUGAUUUUGUUUUAUGUGUGUUAACAGGAUGAUGGAUUGUAUGACAUUAGAAUAUAGUGAUUCCUCAUAAUGUCUGCCGAAAACUAUAUCGG